CGCCAUCAAAGAUAAUUCUGAGCAAAGGACUGGCAGCAUAUGUUCUUUCUUUGCCAUCUCUAUGCAUCUAUGCAAGCUCUACGAGGGAAGAACACUGGAGGAAUUCAUGGAGUCGUAGAAAUACUUCCAUGGACCAUGAUGCAGCAUUUCUCUGUGCGCACGUACGCCCAGGUGGCUCUGUGUACGGUGUGGACGGUUGCCAGGCAACGGAACAAGUUGGAUUUCUGCGAACGUCAUGCACUGCUGGAAGGAUGCAUCAACCAGGUUGCCACAGUUGAGAGCAAUUCUACUAAAAGUGUGAAGAAACUCAUGGAAUCCUUCUGGUUUUCUGAUAAUUUCCAUCCUAUUGCAGACUAUAUUAUUGAGGUCGGGUAAGGAGUCGUCGCGACGUUCAACGUAGACC